GCGCACGAUGCACAGCAAACGGCCGGGCAAUGCGGUAACAUUCCUGCAAAGGACAUACCGAUCGUGUGGACGGUACGUUGAAGGCAUGCAGCACUGAAGGCUGCACGCACUGGCCCAGCCGUUCGGAUUUUCCGCCAAAACCGGCGCUAACCUAUGAACGGGAGGACCUUGCACGCUGGGAUAUCAUCUAAAGGCAGCCAUUUUCACCGGUCAGACUUACGUUGAUUUAAUUGUAUAUAAAAGCAGCGAAAUUACCAAACCAUUCAUUUUCACUUGUCGUUUUGAGAUUGUGUGCUCUUAGUAGGAAAACAGUACUGUCUAACUUUGGCGCCAACGACCUUUCGGGCUGGUUGCCUGGGCUCAGUUUUGGCUACGUUCCCAAGUUCAGCUUCUAACAAUAAAAUCUAGACAACAGGGUUGCAAACGAAGGAAAAAUAAACACUCGGCAUCAGAAGAGGGGAGGAAGGAAUACAGCUUUCGUGUGCGAUCCUUGAUCCUCACAUCAGUAGCAGCAGCAGUAGCAGCACGAACAUACAGUUCAGUAGCGUAGUCACUUUCCCUCGGUACAUCGACAAUCAUCGCUCGGCACGUGUUUCGUGGUGUGCAUACUAACGCAAGUUUCAAACAGUAAGCAUGAAGGCGGACAAACCAGACACAACCCCCUGGGAUCAGUUGGAGCAGCUGGUAAAGGAAACGCGCAACUUCCUCGCCGAGUACGACGACAUUGUGCUGCACAAAGAGCUCUACCGUACGCUGUUCAUGUAUCACCUGACUUAUUUACGGGAUGAGGUGAUACAGUUGAUGAAAAAAUUUACCACAUUACCGAAAGACGUUGCCGAGGAGAAGGAAAUUGACUGCUGUGGGGUAAUGUACCAUGAUAAAGAUGCCUUCAAACAACACUACGAGGCAGCUCACAAUAAGAAAGUUCUCCAGUCUGCUUCCAUGUGUGAGCUGAAAAUGUCUCUGACAAAAAUUUCAUUCUUCGAGCGACACCUGCAAGACUACAUACUGGGAGGAUCCGUUUCGAGCUGUGAGCUUUUGCUGAACUUGCGACGAAUAUUGAGACGGUUGGAUCAUACGUUAGAGUUUUAACUAUUUUAUUAUACGUGUAUUGUACAUCCUAUCGAGCACAGAUUUUUAAUUGAAUAAACUAUGAAUAUCCUCUUA